AAGCACAGCGGCGGGAUGCAGAGCAUCAAGGCAGAGAGUUAUCACGAACGGCGGGUACCACCGGUCGCCAGCGCAUUAUCCUGUUUAUCAAAGCGCUAUCGCCGUAUAAAAGAGAUUAUUGCUCUAAUCAGCGGUCAGUUGUGAGUUGGUCACCACGAUGGAAUAUCAUCGAGGAGGACCGGAGGUCCUUAAGGGCGCGAAAGCCCUUACGGCGGCGACACUGGCGAUUCUUAUUCUUGGACAAGGGACACAAGCUAGCGAAGAGCAAUGCAGGACGGGAUGUCGAGGAGCUAGUCAAGUAUUCAAGUAUUCACCUGGGACGACAUAUACUUACGACUACGAAGGUAAAGUUGACUUUACACUGUCAUCGGCAGAAGGACAAGUGACGAGUACGACGGUCAAAGCGACGGCACAAGUGACACAAUUGGCGGACUGCAAUCUGGUCCUGAGGCUGCAGAAUGUGCAGAUCCUUGGAAGCAACGGGAAGAAAUUCGGAACGAUUCCGGAUAUCGACAAGCCCGUCCGGUUCAACUUCCAGGAUGGUCACGUGGAGGACAGCAUCUGCAUCACGCCCGGAGAUACCCAGAACUCUCUUAACAUCAAGAGGGCGGUCAUCUCUAUGUUGCAGGCGAACCUGAAGAGCAGCUACGAAACCGACGUGUUUGGCGUAUGUCCUACGGAGAUUGUCAAGCACCAGGAGGGUGGAAAUCUAGUCAUCAGGAAAAGCAGGGAUCUGAACAAGUGUGCCUACAGAGAAAACAUCCGUCAGGACUUCUUGACAACGGCUUUCAACUUGCACAGCGAAAUCAAGACGAGUCCUGUACUGAAUGGAGACUACGUUUCAGAACAGAAAGUAAAGGAAGGAAUUCUCGAACAUGCUGAAGUUACGGAAAAUUAUAUGUACGUACCUCUGUCUGUUGGAAAGAACGGAGCUAAAGCACAAGUGGUCAGCAAGUUGAAACUUACUGGAACAUCAAAGGACAAUCCGCAAAUAGCAGUCAGCAAACCUCGUUCAAUCAUCUUCGAGAACCCUCAUCCAACCGUAGCACCAACCAAUAACGUGAACACCAUCAUGACCCACAUCAAAGACGUGGUCAAGACCAUCGACGUGGUUGUUGGAGAGCACACGGCCAGGCAGUUCGUCACCUUGGUCAAAACGUUGAGAGGAAGUACCACCAAGGACAUGUUGGCAGCUUACAACCAAGUGAAAUCUGGAGCUGGUUUGAGUGAUAAGGACGCUGCAAAGAAAGCAUUUUUGGAUGCGGUGCUGCAAGCGGGUACUGGAGAGGCUAUUGAGGUUGCUAUGACUCUGUUGAAGAACAAUGAGCUGAACGAUUGCGAGAAGAAAUUGGUGUACUACGGAAUGGCGAUGGCUAGACAUGCUACUGAAUCAUCGUUGAUCACUGCUGCCGGUCUUCUGGGUCACAAGAACCUGCCCCAAGAAGCCUACCUAGGCAUCGGUAGCCUAGCAGGAAAAUUCUGUCGUGACCAUCCUUGCGACAAGGUCGAAGCUGUCAACAAACUAUCGCAAAAGCUGGUUGCUAAAUUGACAGGAAAGGUGAACAACAAGAAAGACGAGACCGAACAAAUUUACGUACUGAAAGCUUUGGCCAAUUUUGGCUACAUCAGCGAUAACGUGCUGCAAAAGGUCAUGGCUGUCGCUCAGGAUAAGCAAGCUCCUAACAGAUUGAGAGCUGUUGCUUUGGAAACUUACAUCGCCGAUGCAUGCAAGGACAAGCUGAGGAACAGUGCACUUAACAUACUCCAGGACAUCCAACAGGACUCUGAAGUGAGGAUCAAGGCUUACUUGGUCUUAGCACAGUGCCCUACGGCGAAAAUUGGAAAUGCCAUCAAAACAAUGCUGGAAAAAGAACCCAGUUACCAAGUUGGUGGAUUCAUCGUAUCCCACAUCCGUAACAUCAAGGCAUCCGCAAACCCGGACAAAGAUCUAGCCAAGCAGCACCUCGGCUUCAGCCUGCCCAGGAAAUUCCCCAUCGAUCCCAGGAAAUGGUCCUACAGCGGAGAAUUCUCCUACGCCAUUGACACUUUGGGACUGGGUGCCAGCACCGAAGCUAACGUCAUCUACUCCCAGGACAGCUGGCUGCCAAGGAGCAGCAGCUUGAACCUGACCGCUGAGAUCUUCGGACACAACUUCAACUUCCUGGAGAUUCAAACCAGGCAGGAGAAUUUAGAUAGAUUGGUCGAACACUACUUUGGACCUAAAGGUAUCUUGAGGACAUCGUCUUUGGGAGACCUGUACAAAAACAACGAACAGCUGGCGAAGAAAUUAUACAAGCACCUGCAAGAAAAAUUGACUUCUACCUUGAGGGCGAGACGUGAUGUAUCUAAAGCUGAAAUCGAUAAAAUUGGACAGCAUGUGCAGAUCAAGGAGCACCAAUUGAACAAAGAUCUUGAUUUGGAUAUUAGCUUGAAGGCAUUUGGGUCAGAAGUUGCUUUUGCUAACUUGAACGUAUACCAACAUGGAUUGACACCUGAGGCUGUUAUCGACAAGAUUAUUGGACAAUUUGCUCAGGGAUUGGACAAACUUAAACAAUUCCAGGACACUCUUCGUGCCAACAUGAUCUUCAUGGACCUGGAACUCGACUACCCAACAAGCACUGGUUUCCCGCUACGCCUGGGUAUCGAAGGUACCGCCAAUGUUCAAAUGAAGACCGAAGGCUCAGUCGAUGUGCGCGCCAUCUUGAACGGCAAGCCCAACAAGAUCCACGUCAAAUUGAUUCCCAGCGCAAGCGUGGAACUGUCGGCUAGAUUCACAUUUGAUGCCCAUACUGUUGAGAGUGGUAUGAAGGUCAUCACCAACCUUUACACCGCUACCGGAGGAGAUAUUACUGUAGAUAUGCAAGGUGGAGCCAAUGUUGAUGUUAAGGUUGGUCUGCCCGUGAAAGAAAUGAAACUGAUCAGUGCUAACCACGAGAUUGUCUCCCACGUGAGAGAGCAAUCCGGCCAAGAGACCAACAGUCCUCUGAAGUUCGCACAGGCAAAAGACUUCUCCAUCUGUCUGGAUCAACUUAGUCCCUUCAUUGGACUCACGUUCUGCGGUGAAAUCAACGGACCAAAUCUAGCUGGAAAGGACGUCCCUGUUUUGCCGUUCCCGUUGGCUGGAGACUCAAAGGUGUCAGUGACAAUCGAAAACGACGACGUCCUGGAAUACCACUUCAAACACCAGACGAACAACGAGCACACCUCCGGAGCUUUGACCAUCGAGGCAAUCGGCAAGAACAACCAGAAGAAGGUCAGCCUCCAAGUCAACGCUGAAAUCCACCCUGAGAAAUACAUCAAGGCUGAGUUCACUUCACCAUUAAAGAACGCCAACGCCGAGGGUAGAAUCACCUUCAACGAUCAAGAAAAGUCGAUCCUGCUGAAGGCUGGAUACGACCAGAACGAGUUCUACGGCAAGUUCGGGGUUGGUAUCUCUGGAAAUGGAGGCAAAACGGCGUACAAACCCAUCCUGGAGUGGAAAUCUCCAGGAGGUACCCAACAGCUACCGAUCAAUGUUGAAGGACAGCUCUUAGUUGACAAACAGGGAUCUAACGAGAAGUACACCUUCGAUAAUAUCAAACUGACACUUCCUAACGGCAAGGCUGUCACACUUAAUGGAAACCUUGGAAACGAUGGACCAGCGCUGUAUACCGAUCUGACCGUGUCUGACGGACAGCAUUCUGGAAAUGUUAAAGGUCGUCUGCACAUCGACAUGAACCUGCUCAAAGUGAACGCUGAAGUCCAAAACUCGAUCAACCCAGGAGCCAAUUUCAACGUGAAAGGCGAAGUCAAGAGGCAACCCGACGAAUACGACGCGAACCUCCAAGUUAUCCACGGAGCUGAUCUGUCUUCCAAAACUAACAGGUUGAACCUGGCCGGCAAGCUGGUUAGGAAAUACAAGAGCCCACAAGACUUCCUGUUCAAGUUGGAAGGCAAAGCUUCCUACCCUCUGAUAGGAGUCAAUGGAGAAUUGGAGGUUGAACAGACCCCCAAGAGCGUCAAGUACGACGCAGACCUGCAAUAUAACGAUCUCAAGUUUGGCUCAGAACUGGACGUGAACAUCAACAAGAAAGAACACGGAGACUUCGAUGUCGAUUUCGAAGUAUACGGCAUGGACAAAAAGGUGGAAUUCAAAGCCAGCAGACAAAUACAAGGUGAAGAGAGCAAAAUCAGCAACGAGCUUGUGGUCAACGAUGCCAAGAUUGAAGUCAAAGGAAAAAUCAAGCACCAUUUGCAGCCAAACAAUGUGGAUGUAGGAGCUGACCUCGUGGUCAUUCUGCCACACCACAAUGCUCCAUUCAAGGUGAACAGCGGCUUGAAAUAUAACGCCCAAGAAGUCGACGCACACCACAAGGUGGUCAGCGGCAGCACCGUCAUCAUCGACGCUUUCAUCAAGGCCAACCGCCAAGGCACAGCCAACGCCAGCAUCAAGGUCAACGUCAAGGACAUGCUCGUCGUCAACGGUCAACUCAAGGCCAACAAGGGAACCGGCAACGGUGACAUCCUCAUCGACGCCCAGAAUAUCAAGAAGCAGGUCAAGAUGGAGACGACCUUUACCAUCCAACCUCCAACCACCGUUAACGUUGAUUUUACGAUCUAUCCCCAGUUCGCCACCGAUAAGAACAGCAAGGUACACUUCUCCACCACCAACAAGUUGAACCCGAACAGCGUCAACUCAAAGAACGUUGUGGACAUUUUGGGCAAGCAAUUGGCUGUGAAUGUUAACGGCCAAAGAACUGGAGAUCCGAUGAAUGGCAAGUUGAAUGCUGAGGCUGAGGUUAUUUUGCCUGACAACCAGUACUUGCUGGGUAAGAUCAAUGGCGAUAGGAAGGAGCAGAACGGUGUUAUCAAUGGACAGGGUAUCUUCAGCUUGGAAUACAGAGUGAACAAGAACACCCCCGGACGCAAACUGAGUCUGAAGGCUGUCUCAAAGGACACCAACCCUAAAGAAGGUAUCUAUGACCUGAACUAUAACCUGGCUGCUGACAUCAGUGAUGGAAAGAACAUCAAUGCAGACAUCUCCAUCCAGGCGUCCAAACAAGGAGACGAAAGAACUGUCAACCUACAGAACAAAGUAUACGGAACCCUUCUGGAGAAUCCAUUGACUGCCAACUUCCAAGGAAAAUACAAACGAGGUGUAUCUGGAACCUACGAUGCUUCUGCCUCAUAUGGAGCCAACGCUGUACUCAGACUGAAAGGCAAACAUGACAUUCCUGGAGAAGGAAAACCACUUACCGUUGACAUGGAAAUGGAUUUGACCACACCUAGCAAAGCUUUAAAAACCGUCAAAGCUGGAACGUCGCUCUCUCUACUUCAUGAACGAUCUGCAGGACUUCAAUUGGCUGGAAGUGCUCAUCUAUUUGUUGAUGACGAUGGAUCUGUCCCCGAACCAAUCAUCGACUUCAAAGGUGACGGUUACAUCAAGGCUACCGAACACAAUGGCGAGAUGAAAGCUAAUUUGCAAUACGGCAAACAUGGACCGAUCUCUGGCCUUGCUGGAUACAGCCUGACCACAGAUGGAAAGAAGAAGCAGAUCAACGGCAACCUGGCUCUGCAGUACGACCAAGGCAAAAACGUGAAAGUUGAAGCCGCUCUCACCAAGAAGGAAGAUCACGAAUACAAGCUGGACGUCAACAUGGAAACACCGGUUGAGAAUCUGAAAAAGGUCAACUUGAUGGUGCACACCAAGAGGUCUCCAGAUCAGAAACACGUCGAAAGCAAAGUAGAGCUGAAUGCUGAUGGAAAGGUUUGGCAUGUAGACACUGAGGUCAAGGUAUCAGAAAUCGCCCCGUUGCUCAACAUCAAGGUUAAGUGUCCUGAAGGAAAAGUAUCGCAGAUCUUCUUCAAAGGAAACAAGAUCAGCGACAAGGAAUUCAGCGGUGAACUGAAAUUGGCCUGCCAAGCAAAGGAUUUCCUUUUAGAAGGAAACUUGGACGCAAACAUCGAUAACAUCGACCAGUUCGUUAUCAAAGGAAACGUCAACUCGCCGAACUUGAAACUGGACAAGGUGCACUUCGAGGCCCAGAACGAAGCUGCGAAGACCGGCAGGAAGAUUCAAAUCACAGUCAAAUCUAACGGACAAAACCUGUUGAGUGGCAGCACCACCUACAAUGCUCACGAUGAACACGGAAAAUACGUUGUUGAUGGUUCUGGAUCAUUUAAGGUCAAGGAAGAAACAAAAUCAGCGAACUUCAAAUACAUCCGUCGUCAAUUGUCUCUAGAUAAAGACGGCGAACAAGGUAUUGACGUCUCUUUCGAUGCUACCAUCGGCAGCAGAGCUAUUGACGCUGAAAUGAGACUGACGAACAAGAACCUGAGACAAUCCAUUUCUUACUGUGAGAAAUCCAAGGACUGCGCUCAUGUUGAGAUUGACUCAAAGAUCAGCAGCAACGAUGUCGAAAACUACAACCACGUGCUGGAGAUCAACCUAGAUCUUCGCAAACUAGGCAUGAGCCACCAGUUCGGCUUAAAAUCCGUAACAAACAGGAAGAAGUACGUUCUGGAUCACACUGUGGAUGCCCACUUCCAAGGACCCGAGAAGAGCAACUACCAAUACAGCCUGUACAUCCACCCUGGAGAAGCUGGUGCUUCUCUAACUACGCCGAAGAGGAUCAUCGCUCUGGAAACCAAGGCUAACGUAGCCAAGAACUACAAGGAAGGUGGAAAGAUGCACGGAGAGAUUACAUUCUACUUGGACAAGAAGAACCAUCCUCAAAAGAAGACCUCAUGGAACGGUUGGUUGUCUGUUGACAUUGCCAAGCAGACCAUUAAUGGAGAGACCAAGAUGGAACAUCCUGGAUUACAAAGACCACUUUCUUCAUCGAUCAAGACAACCCGCACCGGAACAGCGACCAAAGGAGAGGUAGUGAUCGUAGCUGAAUUCGACAUUUUCGCUCAACCGGCCCAGAAACUUGUUACCACUUACAAACAUUCCAUCGACACCGGAGCGGAAGUUAAGAGCGCAACUUUCAAACGUUCAUUGGACGUAAAGAGCAGCGGACUUGGAGUCGACAUUCAUUCCAGUGAAAUGUCGCACUUUGACAGGCAGCAUUAUGCUGGUGAAUAUAUUGCUAAGGUUAAGUACCAUGUGGGUAACUCCAAAUACGACAACGUGCUCUCCGUCAACGGUGGAAAGUCGCAGUUGAACGUGCUGGUGAAACUACUCAACAUUGAAUUGUUGAAGGCCACAAACAAAAUGAGUUUGAGCAAAGAGGAACAAACGCUCGACUCCGAAAUCUCUUCGUAUUCCAAUAACCCGCUGAUCAGCCAUUUGGAGAUUAAGAAUUUCAACACUCUGUUGUACACUGUUGGAUUCAAGGGAACGCCACGCGACAAGCUCCAGCUGAACGCCGGCUUGAUCCCUGGUCAAAUCGCUGACGUCAGAGCCGACCAUUCCACUGGUAGCGGAAAGACGAACCUCUUCCACGCUACUCUGAAACUGGACGAUGCCAACUUCCUCAAACCCGACUACAACCUCAACUCUAAGGAGAUCCAGAAGGUGCUCAACAUCCUCAAAGAGAAAAUCAUCGCUUUUGUCAACGGACUUCAAGACAUCGGUGAGAAGUCGACGAACGACAUUCGUAAGGAGGUUAGCCAGAUUGCUGAUAUCACGAAGAAGGCUGUGCCCAAUCUGAAGCCUAUCAAGGAGUACUACGCCACUGAGAUCAAGGAGAUCAAGCAGGAGAUUCUGGAAGAUCCGUCUGUUAAGGAGCUUGCUGACGCUGUCAGAAAGGUAUUUGGAGCUAUCAUCCACUCUCUGGCCGAGAUUUCCGCCAAGGUGGGAGAACUGAUCGAAGCGGUCACAAAGUCCCUACAAACCGCAUUUGCUGGUGUGAUUGAAUCCAUCGACAAGGAAUUGUUGCCCGAACUGAAACGCAUCACUGGAAAAGUCACCAAAGUCGCUGGGGAAAUAGCAAGAUCCGCUAUUGAUAUCAUCGCUUCGUGUUUGGCUACCAUCAGUCAGGUUAUCGAGAAGUACCAGCCAGAGAUCAAACAGAUCGCAGCAACCUUUGGAGAACUUGGACAGGAUGUUGGAAGAUUUAUCCAGAAAUCAUAUGAACAAAUCAGGGCUAUCGUGAUUGACGUAUCAAGAAAGAUCUACGAUGAAAUCCAAGCUCUUCCCAUCUUCGAUGAAUUGAAGGCUAAAUACGAAGAGUUGAUCAAGAAUGGAAUCCCGAACAAGGACGGAAUCAUUGGAGGAAUGAAAGAAAUUGCAGCAACAAUCAAGGACAUCAUACCACCAGACUUCCUCAUCCAGAAAGAAUUAGUCGAAAUCAUCGACUUGAUUGUAAACUACAUUGAAAAGAAAGUGAACGCCCAAGCUGUUGACGAGUUCGCAGUCCUGGAUAAACUUGCAGCAAACAACGUCGCAAUUGUCAGGAAGCUGGCCCAUGCCGUGUCGACACCAACCUACGACGUUCAGAAGGCCACUACCGUCCCCGUCUCCUUGGACUUCUUGAAGAAACUGCCGAAACUAGUCGCCAUCAAAUUCUCGCCCAUCGCAUACGUGCUCAGAGAUGACCCUACUGAGGAGAUCGUCGCUUUCGCUUUGUCUCUGUUGAACCAUCCAAGACAGUGGUUCGCACCAUUCCCAUUGAACGGUAUGAUCGUCCAAGGCCAGCACAUCUUCACCUUCGACGGAAACCACCUGACCUUCCCAGCCAAUUGCAAAUACUUGUUUGCCAGGGAUGCUGUUAACGGAAACUUCACUUUGGUGGGAACAUACGCCAACGGAGAACUCAGCUCGAUCUCAUUGGCUGAUCGUACAGAUAUCAUUACCAUCGAAAAGGGAGGAAAAGUUCUUUUGAACGGAGCUCCAACUGAAUUGCCAACUCGCAAAGAAAACAUAGCCGUGUACAGGGGAUACGCAAUGCUGACAAUCAAAUCCACAUAUGGCGUCGAAUUGUAUUGUUCUGAUGACCUUGCUGGAUGUGGAGUGAUCCUGUCUGGAUUCUAUCACGCUCAGGUCAAGGGACUGCUUGGAAACGGCAACAACGAGCCUUACGACGACUUUACUAUUCCCAAUGGAAAGAUCGUUGUGUCUGAAGGUGAAUUUGGAAACUCCUACAAGAUUGGCAACUGUCCACAGGUGAACGUACCCAAACAUGCGGACCACAAGAACGUCCCCGAAUGCACGAAACUGUUCAGUUUCGAAUCUUCAAUGCGGUACUGCUUCCCCUUCGUUAGUACCGAAAAGUUCAAGACCGCCUGCGUCCAUGGAAAAGAAGGCGGCGUCAAGGAUACCGAACUUAACAUCGCCAAAGCAUACGUCGCCGCCUGCCAUGUUCACAACAUUCCUAUCAGUGUGCCAUCACAUUUGGUACAUUGCGAAAAUGCUGACAAAGCCUACGGUGUUGGAGACAAAUUCAGCGUAAAGCUCCCAGGAAAAGCGGCUGAUAUCAUCCUGUUGGUUGAUACUGCCAAAGAAAACGAAGGAGUUUACAAGGACUUGAUACAACCAAUUGUUGCUGACGUUUCCAAAGAACUAAAAGGCAAGGGAAUUAGUGAUGUCCAGUUCCAUCUGAUAGCCCACGGUGGCGAAAACCAAUGGCCAAGUCACGUGACAGUUGACGGUGGAAAGCUGACAUUUGAACAGAAUGCUCCGGACAUCAAAUUCGCCGCAAACCCCAAACACGAACAUAUCUCUGAUAGCGUUGGUGCUACCCUGAAACCAUACCUGGAAACCCUGGAAAGCGUGUUGCACGACCUGAAACUGGCAUUGGGUAUGACAUUGGAAGCCAAGACGUACAACGAAGCUAUCAGCUAUCCAUUCCGAGCUCAUGCAGUCAAAGCUAUAAUUGCUGUAAACAGCAAACCAUGUGAAGUCGGCAGAUUGCACCUGUUGCAGAAAUUGAGGGCGUUACUGUACAAGGAUAACAAAAUCAGCCUAAACUUGGUCACACCCUUCCAAGGACUGAACGUGAAAGACGUGAAGAAGACGAAGGAUGUGAUUGGUUUCAACAACGAUCACGUGUUUACGAUGUCCAACAAAAAGCCGGAAGGCACAGCCGAGCUGUACAAGGAUUUGGAAUACUCGGACUUCUGCGCCGAUUUCACGAUCAGGAACCGCGGCAAUGUGUUCGUAACCGACAACUUCCUGAGCGCCAGCGCAGAUGCAAAGAAACAGUUUGUCCAGACAGCAGCUCACAACAUCGUUGACCAACUGACGAACUUGGAACAGGGUCUUGAUUGCGAAUGUAAAAUGGUCAACGCGUACAAUGCAAGAAACGUAUGCUGGGAGGCAUACAGCAAAGAGAAAUAGAGUGUAACUUUACAAGUGAGAGAGCUACAGACGUAUGUAAGUGCCAAGAAGAUUCCUAUUCAUGUGGAACGCUAUAUUAUUUGUUGAUAAAGUGAUUAUAUUUUUUACAUCAAUGGUAUUGUAAUUUGUAUAAAAUAUAUUUAAGUUACGUGUGUACUAAAGAAGUCUCAUUUCAAGCUUA